AUGGGCUCUGGGUGCUGGUUUCUCCCCCAGUUCAAGGGUCCCUGGGUGCUGGUUUCUCCCCCCCCAGAGCUGGAGUUCCUCUCCUCCUCCAUCGCGCAGCUCAAGGUGGUGCAGACCAAGUACGUGGAAGCCAAGGACUGUCUCAACGUGCUCAACAAGAGCAACGAAGGGAAGGACCUGCUGGUUCCUCUCACCAGCUCCAUGUACGUCCCGGGGAAGCUCUCGGAUGUUGAGCGGGUCCUGAUCGACAUCGGAACCGGCUACUACGUGGAGAAGGGCACAGACGACGCCCGAGACUUUUUCAAGCGGAAAAUCGACUUCCUGACCAGGCAGAUGGAGAAGAUCCAGCCGGCGCUGCAGGAGAAACACGCCAUGAAGCAGGCCGUGGUGGAAACGAUGAGCCAGAAGAUCCAGCAGCUCACGGCCCUGGGAGCCUCUCAAGGUGCCACCACCAAGGCGUAG